AUGACUGUUGAAUCAGAUGGAGAGAAUAGGAUACGCUGUACUUUAUGGGAUGAUUAUGGUGUGAAAAUGCAGCAAUUUAUCGAUAGUCAUGACCCAUAUCUGCCUGUGAUAAUCAUACUUCAGUUGUGCAAACUUAAGAAAUUUCUUGGUUCCAUGGGAAUUUCAAAUUCUUUCUAUGGAUCGGAAUCGUUCUUAAAUGCUGAGAUUCUUGGAAUGAAUGCUGCAAAUGUGGAGUUAACUCAAUUGGUUAGUCAAAUGACUGGACCUGCCGUCAUCAAUGUGGCUGAUGAUUUGCUGCAGACACCCAAGAUUACUAUUGAAGAUCUAAUUGAAUCUACUCAGGGUACCUUACCAGAUGGCACAGAAGUUGCUGCCAAAAGGCUUUCAGAAACAUCAGGUCAAGGUUCAGGGGAGUUCAAAAAUGAAGUAAGAUUCAUAGCUAAACUGCAACACAGAAACCUCGUGAAACUCUUGGGUUGCUGCAUUGAGGGAGACGAAAAAAUACUAGUAUAUGAGUACAUGCCAAAUUCAAGCCUUGACUUUCACCUUUUCAAUAAGGAAAAACAAAAACAUCUAUGUUGGAAAUUACGACUAAGCAUUAUCAAUGGAAUUGCAAAAGGACUGCUUUACCUUCAUGAGGAUUCUCGACUUAGAGUAAUCCAUAGAGAUCUGAAAGCCAAAAAUGAAAUGAAUCCAAAAAUAUCUGAUUUUGGAUUGGCAAGGACAUUUGAAAAAGACCAAUGUCUGACAAAAACAAAAAGAGUUAUUGGCACCUAUGGAUACAUGGCUCCAGAAUACGCAAUGGCUGGGUUAUUUUCAGUGAAAUCUGAUGUUUUCAGCUUUGGAGUUCUUUUAUUAGAAAUAAUUUAUGGAAAAAGAAAUGGCGAAUUCGUUCUUUCAGAACAUAUGCAAAGUCUUCUAUUAUAUACAUGGAAACUCUGGUGUGAUGGGAAAUGUUUAGAAUUAAUCGAUCCUUUCCACAAAAAGACGUUCAUUGAAAGUGAAGUCUUGAAGUGCAUACACAUUGGUUUAUUGUGCGUACAAGAAGAUGCAGCGGAUCGACCAACCAUGGCCACUGUUGUUCGCAUGCUAGGGAGUGACAUAGUAGACCUUCCAAAACCCACGCAACCAGCAUUUUCAGUUGGGAGAAUGUCCAAGAAUGAAGAUAGAACUUCAAAAAAUCCUAAGGAUAAUUCUGUUGAUAAAGAAACCAUAACUAUUGUUUCACCUAGAUAGUAGAUGUUAUGGUUUAGCUUGUGCCAG